ACACGGUUUGGAAAAUUAAAAAUAAAGUAUACGAGUUUUUAAAAUUUGUUUUUACAAAGUUUGAAAUUACGAUGUUUUCAAACUGCAGUUUUCACCGAUCAUUUGCUUACAGCUUGAGUGACAAAUUACAUCACUCGGCCAAUCCAGUGCAAUUGUAACUCGAUGAUACGUGCAGCUUCUCUUACGUAAGACCAUUUGAGUUUCAUUGAAAUUAAAUUUUCAUCUCUGGCGGUUGCGUCGAAACUGUAAUGGAUCGCGGGUGUAAUGUGUCAUAGGCAAACAAGAAAAUCAUCGAUUUCUUAUAACUUAAUUUCCGCAUAAUCAACCGGAUUUCAAGUUCAACUCCGAGUAAAAAAAAAAUCGACUCGUAUAAUGCAAAUCCAUCUCGAACAGGCACCCAAUCAUUGCAGUCAUAUUUUCCAAUCGAGUAAACAUUGAAAUGUUAUGAAAAUCGACAUGUGCAAGGCAUGUGUGUUCCUCUUAACUCGCUGCGGUCAUAAACUGACUCCGUGUAUUAAUUAACAGGGGACGUGAUUGAAUAUGCCUUUUCCAUUGUUACUCCAUACGUUCAGACUUGGGCGUGGAUACUUGUAAGAUUUUUUGUAACAUAAUUUUUUCCCAAAAAUGUCACGCAUUACUUGCGCUAAAAAAACCUUUUUUUUCUCAAUUACUGCUCGUAAGACAGCGUUUAAACAAUUUGGACGUAAAAAAGUAAUCAAAUUGUUCGAAAAAGUAUUUAAAAAUAUAAAUGCAGUUGUUUUACAAUAAACUUUCAUCAAAAACAGGAGUUACAUACUUGUUUCCCAGAAAAAAAGAGACUUGCGUAAGUAUCGUACUUGUGAAUAGUAUACAGAUAAAAAAUGUUUUUCACCAGACGCAUGCACUUUAACGAGGAAAACAAAAAUUUCUUUUUAAUCCAUAAAAAAAAAAAAAAAAAAAAAAAAACUGGUGCCCAAAUCUGUAUACAUUUUACUAGCUUUAUCGUUGAUUUCAUGAAUAAUAAUUCUAAUAGCCUUAAUAGACCGCGAAAAUAAUCCAAUCAAAAAGAUAUUCACCGGUUCGUCGUAGUAAACCAUCUCAUGUAAUCCGACAACGAUUGUAAACGUCGACUAUACUCCCCGCACGCGGUUGUCGUUUGCAGAAACUCACUGGGCAACCUGCACUCCCAGAAAAAAGGGCAAGACCCUAAAAAAAAAAAAAAAAAAAAAAAUUGUGCAAGGGGGUUCGCGAAAAGCGCAUGCGUCCCGGUAAUAUUCCACGCGAUAGCAUCGCACCCACAGGAUCCCUUGUUUUGCCCUGUAACCAUACUAGGCGCACCCAACACCCAUAUACACGUGACAAAAAGCCGACCCCCCUUCGAACGUCGCAGUAAACAGAUGAGGAUAGGAGAAAGCUCUCCAGAGUUUACAAGCAGUGUUAUUCUGUCACGGUGCGAGGAAACGUACGGACCUGCCUACCCAACGGUCGCUUCUCGAACAUUCGGAUACUACGCACUUGUUCAACUACUUUUUUUUUCCUCUCUCUCUUCGUUGUGUUAUCUUCUCUCGCGCAUCGUUCGAACACGUUAAUUUGGCAAAACCCUUGGAUAUACCUGUACAACCGACUUUUUGCGUGUUUUUUCGAAACGUAAGUACACAUACAUCGUUGGAAAGGUGGGCCGAUCGAUAUAACUCUCGAGCCGUGGAUUGUACCGUCGCACCCCAUAAUAGUCUUGAGGAAGGAGCCGGAGAGGGUUUUCCGUUUUCCUCGUGUUAUGGCGUCUGUUAAGUCCAAAUCCUGCGACGUCGCCGAGAACAAUGCCUUGGGUCUGCUCUGCGCGAAGUUUCGGCGAAUCGGCAAAAAACGCAAGCGUUGGGCCGGAGAAGUCAUGGCUGCUUCCGUGGCGAUGUUCGCCGUGCUGUGGCUCUUUGUCCAAACGACGGGCCUCUUUGGGCCGCCCAGCUCGAUCGGGGCCUUCCAGCUGCCCCUCACCUUGGAAAACUACUUUCCCCGCAGCACAGCACCAUACUCGCUCGCAGACAUAUCGAAACUAAGCCCUGGCGAGCCGGUGGUGCAGAUAGACGUGAACAUGCCCCCGGGCAGGCGCCUGCCACCUAUGGACCAGGCGACCCUCAACGUAUCGUUGAAGCUCGCGACCGAGGGUGUAUCUAGGCUCGAGCGCCUCGAGAUGAAUCUCGUGGGGGCGGGUGCGACCCUGCCCGUGGACAGCCCGGCCUACCGGCAGUACCUCUACAGCCGGCCCAACACCGACGCCCUGGACAAGGCGCUCAGGGCCCUCAUCGUCAUCGGGGCGUCCACCCACCUGGCCGGGGCUUACUGCGCUAGGUACGGGGUUAAGGAGAUGGAUUGCGCCCACUUGUUGUCGGCCCUGAAGCUGGACGGCACGCCGAUGGGGGGUUCUUGCCACGCGGACCAGCUCGAUUGCGACGUGGAUUCCGAGUAUCGGAGCUUGGACGGCAGCUGCAACAACCCCCAGAAUCCAAGGUGGGGGAGUGCCUUCACCGCCUACGGGAGGUUCCUCUUUCCUCGUUACGCCGACGGCAUCCACAUGCCGAGGAGGGAGCGAGGCGUGCACUGGCUACCGAACCCCAGGGCCGUGAGCGUAGCUCUGGUCACCGAGGACGAUCGGGCCGACGACACCAAGACCCUCGCCCUCGCCACUUGGACCGAAUUCGUCGCCCACGACAUGGCUCACACUCCCGUUCGCAAGAUGAUUUGGACCGGUAAGCCGAUCUCGUGCUGCAGGGACGACGGCGGUUGGCCGCUGCCGCGAUACAUACACCCCGACUGCGAGGCUGUCUCGGUAGCCGAAACCGACCCAGUUUACGGGGAGCAGGGACUGCGUUGCCUUAACUACGUCAGGUCACAGCCCGCGCUCGGCGCCGACUGCACCUUCGGUCCAGCCCAGCAGAUGAACCAAGCGAGCCACUUUUUGGACGGCUCCACCGUUUACGGCUCGACCCUGAACAAGUCGAGCGAGGUACGCGCCUUCGAGUCGGGCCUCUUGCGCGCCAGCGUCAAGGACAACCUCGAGUACCUGCCCGUCGCGCCAAAGUCCCUCUGCGGAACCAAGAGCUGCUACCUCACCGGUGACGAGCGCGCCAACUCCGAGCCCCGGUUGGUUGCGCUGCACACGCUGUGGAUGCGCGAGCACAACCGCGUGGCUCGCCAACUCCUCCGGUUGAAUCCCGGCUGGUCGGACGAGGUGGUCUACCAGGAGGCCAGGCGCAUCGUCGUCGCCGAAAUCCAGCACGUCACCUACAACGAGUGGCUGCCGGCGGUGAUCGGCAACCGGUUGGCUGGCUCGGCCGGUCUCGGGCUCACCUCGAACUACAGCAGCCUGGGCUACAGCCCCUACAAGGACCCCUCGGUCCGCAACGAGGCUGCCACCGCUGCUCUGCGCUUCGUCGCCUCGCUCGAGCAGAGCAAACUCAGUUUGAUCGACGACACGGGGCGGGUCAACGACAGCGCGCGCCUGUUGGACCAUUUCAACGAACCGCGGGCCAUCGAGACGGACGAUGUCCUGGACAGGCUAGUCCGCGGUCUGGCCACUCAAGGCGCCCGAAAGGUGGACCUCCGCGUGAUUUCCGACGUGACGCAGGAGCUGUACAAGACCGGGGGUCCCGUUGGAUUGGACCAAGUUGCUUUCGACAUACAGCGCGGCCGCGACCACGGUAUUCCGGGUUACAACGAGUACCGCAAGCACUGCGGCCUCAAGUCUGCCAAGAGGUUCGAUGACUUUUUGGACGUCGUUCCGACCGAGACGGUCAAGAAGCUGCAGGCGCUGUACAAGCAUCCCGACGAUGUGGAUCUGUUCGUCGGAGGUCUGGUGGAGAGGGCCGUGGAGGACGGCGCGGUGGGACCGACGUUUCGUUGUUUGCUGUCGAAUCAGUUUGUCAGGACUCGUCAGAGCGACCGGUACUUCUACGACACCUUGGACCAACCGAAGCCUUUUGCUCCAAGCCAAUUGGAGAGCUUGAAAAGGGCCAGCUUGGCGCGAAUAUUCUGCGACAAUGGCGACAGCAUUGCAAUGAUGCAGCCCAACGUCUUUCUCCGGCCGCAAAAGGGAAACGAGUUGGAGUCGUGCCACAAUUUCGAAAGGAUCCCGAGCGUCGAUCUGUUUGCGUGGGCCGAGAAGGCCAAGGCUUACCGUUGAAUGGUGUUUUGAUUGACUCGUCACUCUUCGUGUUGAACGUCUCGGUGGACGUACCACGACGCGCGCCAAGAUGCAAUCGGAUGGUGAUAUUCCCUGGUGGCGCCCUCGAGCUCUGACUUUGAAGCGUAAGCAGGAGAGUAAGGUAUUACGCGCUUCUCGAAGGUCAAAGUUGGGAAGCGAUCUGCUGUCUUGCGUGGGAUUGGUCAAAUUUUUGGAAAUUCGACGCCUGCACCGUCCAAGGUGGAGCGAGUACAUUUAAACAUUUUUGAGCCUUUUGAUUCGUGAGAUCUGAAAAAAUACACUUAAAGUAUUAUUUACUCAUCGAACGACCAAAGCAAUACUUUUGGAUAUCACGUAAACAUAUAUUGCCUUUUUUUACUGUGUCACCUACUUUGAAGAUAAAUUCAUCGUUUCCAUUUAAUAAUUAUCCGUCUUUUGACGAUACAAUGGUUUAAUGGAUCGCAAUAUUUUUAAUACUAUAAACUGUACCAAAGUAUUAAUCGGUGGUAAUAAAAAUUCGACGCAAUAUCAACAAAAUACAAACGAGUCUGUUAUGAAUUGAGCGAAACUUGAAGGGUUUGAGUCCAAAUGAAUAAC